AUGGUCGCCAUCCUAGCGAACCCCAAGUGGAGCGAGGACCUCACCAUCCAGAUGAUCAUAGAGUACGAGAAACGGGAAUAUCUGUGGAACCCGGUGUCGGAGAACUACAAGAAUAAAAAGAUACGCGAACAGGGCUACGUGGAAAUAAUAAAAACGUUGAACCUAGUGGACAUAACUGUUAAGGAGCUCAAGAAUAAAAUAAAGAACAUACGCUCCUCGUACAGCGUCGAGUUGAAGAAGAUUCGCGCGGCUCGGAAGGCCGGGGCGCAUGCGUACCGGCCGAGCGUCACGUGGUUCGAACACGCAGACAGGUUCCUCCGGGCCAUAGUCACCCCGAGCUCCGUCGACAAUAGCCUCCUCGAAAUACCGAUGAGCGACGACAGCGACGCCGUACAAGAUCUCAGCGAGAGGAAGUCGCCGGAGAAGAAGAGUCCCAGGAAACGUCGCAGUUCAACGCGCUCGUCGACUCCAUACGUCCUGAACACGCCGUCGCCCCGACCGAAUACACCUUUCGGUCUCAACCAAACUCCGUCCCCAUUCGGAAUCCUUCCAACGUCAACCACCGCUCCCUUCUUGAAUCCGCCCGUCGGUAUAGCGACCCCGCUCACCACCUCGCUGGCUACCAUAUAUCCAAUACCCGCGAAACAGAAGAGGAGCUCUGACGAUAGAAGCGACCAAUCAGAAACCGCUCAAGACCUAAGCCAGCAUUCGGAGAACGGGAAUGAAAAUGAAUUUGAAAUGUUCGGCAAACUGAUUGCCAGCCAGUUAAGGAAGUUACCGCUCAGCCUGGCUUUGGAUACACAGCUUAAAAUACAGACGCUGGUGAACGCUGCUCGCAUUCAAGCUGUUUACCAGCAGUACAGCUACGCCGGGCCGUCCCAGGAAGCUCUGUCGGUUCAAGCUCUUUCAAACGGGAUACUAGCCAGCAUGGCGUCUCAAAGCCCUUACGCGUGUCGAGCCGUCGACAUGAGGAAUGACUCCCCCGACGAAAUGCAGAGGGAAUUAAAGACAGAAUACUCCGUGGGGUCCGAAAUCGAUGACUAA